CACAAGUCAACCAUUGCGAGCUUGUUCCUAGUAAAUGCAGUGUGGAAGGGUAAAGGCACUGAAACCUGCGACAGAGAAACAAGUCAGCAUUGCUUGAACAGUUAGUCUACAAUUUAUUAAAAAAAAAGGGUGAAAACAGUAAAAGUACACUGUUUGGUGUAAUUUAAACGUCAAUUAUCCAAGUUUCUUACUUGUUAGCUAGGCGGCUGUCUCCUGGUUGCUGAGUGUCGCUGUUUCUCCCUGGAGCUAACACUAAGGGGGACUCCAUGAAAGAUGACAGAGGAGGUGAUUGUUGUAGCCAAGUGGGACUACACGGCCCAGCAGGACCAGGAACUUGACAUACGUAAAAACGAGCGUCUCUACCUGCUAGACGACUCUAAAACUUGGUGGCGCGUCCGCAACACGGCCAACCAAACCGGCUACGUGCCGUCCAACUACGUGGAGCGCAAGAACAGCCUGAAGAAAGGCUCGCUAGUGAAGAACAUCAAGGACACGCUAGGUUUGGGCAAAACAAAGAGGAAGACCAGCGCCCGUGAUGCUUCCCCGACGCCGAGCUCGGACACGGAAUACCCCAGCAACGGCAGCGGGGGCCCGGUAGGAGGGGCGGCGGAGAGAAUCUACGACCUCAACAUGCCUGCCGUGGUCAAGUUCGCCUAUGCAGCGGAGCGGGACGACGAGCUGACCCUGCUGAAGGGCUCCAGGGUGGUGGUGAUGGAGAAGUGCAGCGACGGCUGGUGGCGAGGCAGCCAGGGGGGCCGCGUGGGCUGGUUCCCCUCCAACUACGUCCAGGAGGAGCUGGGCGAGAGUCCUGACCGAGUUGGCGAGGGGGAUUCCUACACUCAUGGGACCUUGAUGGCCAACGGGAGCAUCGGGGGCCGCCGCCGCGCCGUCCUGGUUCAGACGCUCUACCCCUUCAGCUCCGUCACGGAGGAGGAGCUUAACUUUGAGAAGGGCGAGAUCAUGGAGGUGGUGGAGAAGCCGGAGAAUGACCCCGAGUGGUGGAGGUGUAAGAACUCACGCGGCAUGGUGGGCCUGGUGCCUAAAAACUAUGUCACGGUUCUGGACGAGCGACCGGGCCACCCGUCACCCUCCAUGAAAGGCUCCCCGCGGAACCGCCACAUGGCACCGGCGCGCUCAGGAAGGUUUGCCGGGAGGGACUGGUACUAUGGAAACAUCACCCGGCACCAGGCCGAAUGUAUACUCAACGAGAGAGCGGACGAGGGCGACUUCCUUGUACGGGACAGCGAGUCAUCGCCCAGUGACUUCUCCGUGUCUCUGAAGGCGGCGGGCAAGAACAAGCACUUCAAAGUGCAGCAGGCCGACGGCAUUUACUGCAUCGGCCAGCGCAGGUUCAACUCCAUGGACGAGCUGGUGGAGCACUACAAGAAAGCCCCCAUCUUCACCAGCGAGCGUGGGGAGAAGCUGUACCUGGUUAAAGCGCUGCUGUGACGCCCCUCGACACUGGAUCCCCCUCCCACACACACACACACACUAAUACACACACAUCACCACUUGCAAGCUGUCUUAACCCAAGCCUUCUCUGGCGGAAUCCACGCACUACAGCAACAGCCUCUGUCGCCCCCCAGUGGCCGUUAAGUGAAGUUUCAUCUUAAGUCCAGCAGGUGAGCAGUUCCACCCCAAGAUUAAACACACCCGAGGCCUCCCCCCCCCCCCCCCCCCCAGGAUCUCCAACACUGUUGCUCUUAACUCAAAAAAAAGGGGACAAACAGUAAAAAAAUAAAUCUAAUUUCAAUCAUCAUUACUCUUCACCAAGUGACCAGAAUCGCUCUCUCGCCGUUUUGUCUCCCUCCAAAAUGUCAGAUUUGCAUUUUUUUUAAUGUUCUGCCUCGUUUUGUUCCACUUGUCGCACCUGAGUGGUGAAACUAAGACUAAAAUAUUCUGAGCUUAAGUCCUUUUAGGUGGAAGUGACAUAAGAAAAGUGACAUUGUGCUGGUUUGGGCCUUUUCUGCUCAUGUUGUUUACUUCACAGGAAGUAAACAUCUAUUCAUUUUGUCUUUGAACACCACAAAAACUAACUUUUCUUUAUGUUUCUCAAGCCGCCGCGCCUCACAUCUGCUACGCGAAGCGCUAGAAGAUUCCAGGAUACUUUAAAACACUCUUUUCACCUCGCAAGUACCGGCGAGUGUGUGGCACACUCACUAGCUGUACUGACCGAUACGGCGUGGCUCUUUCACGAUGGUCGUCCGCCAUCUAGUGGAUUAAAAAAGUCACUACAUUUGACCCGCGAUUCAAAUCAAUUUAGCUUGUCGAGUCAACAGGAAGAGAACUUUGACCUCGUUUAAAGCCGUAAAAUGAAAAUAAUCCAAAGACUUUGGAGUGUUUUCCUUAUUCAAUUUAGAGCGACGCCACGCUGACUUUUUCCAGAACGAUUCGCGAUGGACGCAGUUUGUCGCUUCACGGUCACAUGUUUUUUUUUCUUAAAGUGACACACACCUAGAGGCUUUGAGGGCCACAGUAUCAUAUCAUUCCCAUCAAAGUUGUUCUUUAUUAUUCUCAAGCUGCUGCACCUCACCUUUUGAAGGCGCCUGCUCUAACGUAUACAAGUUUCUCUGCUCCUCGCCAAGCAUAGCUCUCAAUGUAUUUAGAUUUUUUUUUUUUUUACACCCAAAUCUUUAUUUUUCUCAAGCUGCUGCGCCUGCUCUUACUGAGGCUAGAACAGGGCUGUCCAAAGUGAGACCCCCGGGCGGCUCCAGUUUUGUUGGCUUGCAAUAUAAUUGUCAAAGUAAAAAUCCAACCCAAAACUGUACAAAUGUAAGCAAAGUGAUAAUUAGUGAUAUUUUGUCACCUGCAACGAAAAGUUUGCUCGAUUUUUGAAAUUUUUCUGACAAAAUAUCAAAAUGGCCUCUCCAUGCUUGACCCGUCAGUACUUUGGUGGAAAAGGUUUGGACACCUGUGCGAGAAUUUCCAUUUGACCACCUGAAACAUGUUAUGUCGUGAAAAGGACACGCCAUCGCCAAUUAACUUUUUCUUUCUUUUUCUCAAGCUGCUACACCUUCCCUUUUGAAAAUCAUCCCUCAAACUUUUUACCCCGAGUAUUACCACAAAAUGUUGUUUUUAAUUGGUCUUUUUUUCGUGAUUCUGCAAGUACCACCGUUGUCCCUUGGAAAGUUUUUCUUGACUUUUCUCAAGCUGCCGUACCUCAAAUGUGACCGGCCUGCGUAGUACGAUAAAACAAUUUGAACUGAAAGCAAAAUUAAUUUGUAGUUGUACGCAAGGGAUUCAUACGGCCCCCAUUCCCGGGUGGAUCUCACGUGAGAGGAAAAGAAGGGAUUAGUCUGCUGAAAAUGAUGGAAAGUGCCACCUCUGCCUAGCGACUGAGGCUGUGGUCUAAGUUGGAACUGCCACAAAACACAUUUUAAGAUAUUCAACACUUUACUGCUUUACGCCCAAAAUGUGUCACGUUACAUGUGUCAGGUAACAGCCUAACACAACUUCCUAAGAGCCCUUUGUCACUUUGUUGUGUCAUUUCCAGCUAAAAUACAACACUUGGUAAGAAUACACUGGAAAAAAACAAGUAAUUUGAUGCACCAGUGGGGGGGCAGAGAGCUGAUUUCUGGUGGCGUUUGAAUGUUAACGAGUGGAACCAAAGGUGCCAUCUUGUCCCAGGUCCGUCACAAAGUGUCACCUCAAUUUUUGCUUUCCCAUCCGCCCCCGCUAACGACUGCAGUGAAAAUCCACUUUCAUAGAUGCUUCGAAAAAAUAUAUUUCGAUUGUGCCAAAUUGGUGGUCUCCACAGUGUUCCAGGUGCACCGACUAAUCAGAUGUCCCGCAACCCGUCGAGUCCUACCCAACACUUUCUUGUCCGUGUGCGUUCGUUUGCUGACGGUCGAGCUUUUAUAGGAUUCUACCUGAAUGUUAUUUAAUUCCUGUCUCCACUGUAUGUAUAUAUUCCAAAAUAAGAUGAGGUAUGGUACUGCAUCACCCACAACGUGAUGACUAUUUACUUUUGUUCAAUAUAAAAGAUUCUUUUUUUUGGAAGAAUAUUAAAACCUUGAAUUGA